ACUUUUCAUUUGAAGCGCAACAGCAGAAGACUACGGAACAACAUUUCGGACUAACUUUGAACGAAACCCACUAAAUGAAUGUAUUAUAUGGCUACAUUUCUUUAAAAUUGUGGGUUUUAUUUCGACUUCGACGAUUUUGUUAUCAGACUUGUUUUUAUCGGUUCAAGCGAAGUUAUUGGCAGUUGAAAGCAAAGCUCGCGAAUAGCCUAUUCUCGCUAUAGUAAUAGUCUAGCCGAUAUCUAAAUAAUCUUAGUUUGUGGUUCAACUAUAAUUUAAAGCUGAUUUCAAGGAAGAUGUGAAUAGAUUUACAUGGAUUUGUUCGUCCAGGAGACGGAGCAGGCAUGGAAUUCCAAGUGCUACAUGUGCUAGUCUGGAAAAUGAAAGUCCCCGCCUCUGUAUGCAGAGCGUGUGUCAUUGCUGUGACUGGAUCCGACACCACUACGGUCACUUGAGCGCAGAAUACCUUUCCCUGCUGGACCAGAUGGGAGGAGAUAUCACAAAGCAGAAUGCCCCUGUCCUUUUCCCAACAUCACUUUACAGACACAUAGAUGAUGCCGAGUUUGAGGACAAAGUCAUAUUCCUGAGAGAGACCAUCUAUCAAAUCACAAAACUGUUUGAUGGGAAUAUGAAAUCUGUCACCUGGGACAAGAAAAACCUGGACGAUUUCCUCAACAUUCUAGAACGCCAAUUGGAGAACCUUAAUUCCUGUGUAUCACCUGCCAUGAAACCUGAGAGGAGACUGAAACGGUACUUCAAGAAGUUGAAUAGGAAGGUUCUGAGAAAAAUGAACUACAGUGCACAGGCGUGGGAGCUCAUCAGGAAAGAGAUGAAACGUCAUCUGCAAAGAUUGGAUAUCCUUGCAGCACAGAUGUACUGAUCAUCCAGACUCAUUUCAGAAGCUACGCCCUUACCAGUUUAUAAAGCAUGAAUAGAAUCAUGUGGGACCCUGUCAGUCUAUUUAUCAUAUUUAAAUCCAUAAAUUAUUGUUUUUUAUUUUUAUAAUUUAUAAUUUAUAUUUUGUAUUUCCCUUUUGUACCUGUGUUGAACUGAACUGUAUUGCCAGUCUACUUGAAAAACCAGUGAAAAAAUGAUAUUGCUAAUGUGAAUAAAAACGUAUUUUGUACAAAUUU